AUGUUAAGUAGAAUUGACUUGUAUGGAGAUAGCAGACAAUUCUGCAAUGAAUAGAGUCUCAUCAUCAAAAAAAUCUAAGAGAUUAAUUCUUAAAACAUGAGAAAUGAAGGCAUUGGUUAAAAAGUUUAAAGAGUAGACAUUAAAAAAUGGGAUAUUUUGUUAAAAGAGCUUUCACGAGAAUAUCAAAUGAUAUAUAGAUUAAUAAAAGAAGUAGAUGACAAAACAGAGAGUCUAAAAAUAACAGGAACUAAAAUUUAGUAUUUAAGAAGACAAGUCAUAAUAAUGUCUUUUUUUAUUGUUUUUAGAUAAUAGAAAAUGUAUCUCUAAUAAAAUUAUCAAUUAAAGGUAAUAGAUUAUGUGUAUCUAAAUAAGAGAGAUUGA